CUUCACACACCUCUUCUCCACAAGUCUGUCGGGCUGAUCACUGAGGGGGCCUUCUUUCAGCUCUCACACUGGACACUUAAAGUCCAUGUUGUGUAAACUUUGGAAAGUCUGAAACUGCUUUAGUGGACUGUGGUGAAGAAAUGCUCUCUGCUACUGGCACCUUUUUGAGACACAUCAUCUGGGGAAAGUUUUUGUCAUGAGUACUAAUGAAGAUGGCAGUAGUUGAAGGUGAUGUGGAAGAAAAAAGUCAAGAAAUGUCUACCAAUUUAAAAUACCUUUCCUUGGGCAUCCUGGUUUUUCAGACCACAAGUUUAGUGUUGACCAUGCGUUAUUCUCGGACGCUGAAGGAGGAAGGACCUCGUUACUUAUCCUCUACUGCAGUAGUUAUUGCUGAGCUGCUGAAGAUUUUGGCCUGUGUUCUGUUGGUCUACAAAGACAGCAAGUGCAAUGUACGGACUCUGAACAGAGUGCUACACGAUGAAAUCCUUAACAAGCCCAUGGAAACUCUUAAACUUGCUAUUCCUUCAGGAAUUUAUACUCUCCAGAAUAACUUGCUGUACGUAGCAUUGUCAAACCUAGAUGCAGCCACCUACCAGGUUACAUAUCAGCUGAAAAUUCUUACCACAGCAUUGUUUUCUGUGUCCAUGUUGAGCAAGAAGCUGGGUGUAUACCAGUGGCUUUCAUUAGUAAUAUUGAUGACAGGAGUGGCAUUUGUGCAGUGGCCUUCAGACUCUCAAGCAGCAGCCUCCAAGGAGCAUUCAGCAGGAUCCCAGUUUGUAGGCCUGAUGGCAGUUCUUACAGCUUGCUUUUCCAGUGGAUUUGCUGGGGUCUAUUUUGAGAAAAUUUUGAAGGAAACUAAGCAGUCUGUGUGGAUCAGAAACAUUCAGCUUGGAUUCUUUGGUAGCAUAUUUGGCCUGAUGGGUGUAUAUAUUUAUGAUGGAGAACAAGUGUCAAAGAACGGAUUUUUUCAAGGAUACAAUAAACUUACCUGGAUAGUUGUUGUUCUACAGGCACUCGGAGGGCUGGUGAUUGCUGCUGUCAUAAAAUACGCGGACAACAUCUUGAAAGGAUUUGCAACUUCUCUCUCUAUAAUACUGUCAACGUUGAUCUCCUAUUUCUGGCUGCAAGACUUUGUCCCUACAAGUGUCUUUUUCUUCGGAGCCAUCCUUGUAAUAGCAGCCACUUUCCUAUAUGGUUAUGAUCCCAAACCUGCAGGAAAUCCCAUUAAGGCAUAGCAGACUUCCUCAUCAACCUGCUUCUCAAGACCACACACUGGGGCCCUUGCUAGCAAUGGCAUGUGGAAACUGUCAUUGUGCACCGCAAGGGAAGGAUCGCUACCCUGACUGCUGAAGAAAAGCUUACGAGUAGUUUUGAACAGCUAGAGGGGUUAAAGGUGGAUGAUGAUUGUGUCUGUAAUUGCUGGGGGAAAAAGAAAAACCAAAACCUACCAAAAAAGGCAGGGGCAUGCCCAGUGCAACUUGCUAAUAAAAACUUGAAAGGAACAACAAGUUUCCAAGACACUGCGAUUAGGAAUGUUUACAGCUUUGACUAGGAUUGCAUCAAAUGAAUUUACUGUACUGACUGCUGCAGAAAUAUGUCCUAUGCACUCUUUGAAAGAGCACAUGGCAACAUUGUCAGAUUGUAUGUUUUUUGCAGUUUGACCAUAUUUAAUCUUAGCAAAAUAAGUUUUUAACUGUUUGUCUAUUUACAUGAGAUCGGCUGAAUGCGCGUCAUAGUUGUCAAGCGAUGGUUCUAAUUAGGUAUUCUUUAUUAAAGCUGUGAAGGUUGGAGUGUGACUGAGACACACUUUCACAAUAGCAAAUAUUUUUAUAUUGUUAGAAGGCUGAUUUAAUAACAGGAAUCUGUUAUUGAAUGAGGAUAAAAUUGUGUCUCUGAAAUGAACCUGUUGCAAGAAUGCUAACAUUCCCACCCAAGCACACCAUGGAGGGAACUCAGAGUGAAGGCUGGAAGUCCGUGUUGGCCCUGCAGCCUUCACCUGUAGUGUCCCAGCUGUGAACACAGGCCAGAGGUUGCUGCACUGAUCUGGCACAAAGGGUAGGGUUAUGAUGGAGUGCUUGCUCAGAUAUAAUGGUCAUUCUUUUUAUUUGUGUUGAUUAUAAAUCACCUUUUUGGUAGAACCUUUAAAGUCUUUUUUAUGCUUUAAAUAUCCGCUGGGGAUUUUUUAUCCACAAUUCAAAAAAAAAAAAGGAAGAAAAGAGGCCUCUAAUAAACAUUUAAAACACAUGAAUGUUGUCUGUAAGAGCUCCAUCUGGUGCUGCUAUGGUAUGUCAUCUAUAUACUGUACUAUACUUUAUGUCAGAGGUGUUUUUUACACACGUGGUGUUUACUCAUGAGCUGUCCAAGGCUUUUUCAGUGCAUUUCUGUGUAAUGGCUUCAGUAGAGAAUAUUGUUUUAGUUAUUCAUUAUUUUGUUCUGAGAGUCCUUGAGCCAGCAGACCAAAAUGAGUUCUCUGGAGCUAUCCAGUCUAGUAGUGGAAUUACUUUAACAGGAAACAGAAUGGAAAAGUAAUGAAUUGUGCAAUAGGUGAAUGUAAAAGCUUGCUGUUCUUCUGUUUUAAACAAAACCAACCUGCACAAAGAAUCCUCGAUGCAAUUAGAACUCAGAUCUAUUAGACUGUUAUGAACACUUCACUUGUUGAAGCGUUUGCAUCUAGCCAGAACCACCAGAACAAAGCCAGAGCUAAUAAACAGAAGAAGCUGUCUUAAAAAUCCCUUGUUUCCAGGAGUUCACAGUGGCUGUUAAUGUGGAGUGACCUCUUACCCCUGUAAAGGUGUGUACGUUUCUACAGAAACGUGGCAGUAGUCCCUCACCUGUUGAAUGGUGAAUAGGUGUUUCUUCUCCCCCCAUGCUGUCUCUCACUUCUGUCUUGUGCUGGUAAAGGAGCUCUGAAGAGAGAGGUGUGUUAAAAUGUUGACCAAGAUACCUCAUCCUCUUUUGCCAGGUGUGAGUGGUGGAUUGCUAGGGAGCUCCUGUAAGGGUAUCGUAAGUGGGAAAGGAAAAAUUCCCCUUACAUCAGCCAAGUCACAAUAGCGUUUUCCUGCUGUUGGCAAUGACAUGGGUCAUCAGCUGUUUGUUUAUCGUAUCAGAGUGAGGCUUUAGAGGAGCUGCUGUUGUGCCGGGGGCUUGCUGAGCUCUGUGAGCCUGUCCCAGCGUGCUGUGGCUGCACAAGCUCUGCUGCCCAGGAGCCCAGACUGUCUCAUGUUGCACAGGUUUGGCAUUUGGUGGUAGUAUUAAGCCUUUUGCCUAUAAUAAUGCAGCAAAAUCUUUGGAAACUUAGAUUUGUUAAUUUCAGCAGUGAAACAGAAGGUGAGGCAAGAUGUCUGUGUGGAGCAGUGGCUCACAGCCUUGCCUGGUGCAGGAGGGAUGUGCCUGGCUCUGGAGUGAUCUGGGAAGCGUUGGUCCUGAGAUCUGAAUUGGAGUUUGGCCUGCACAACAGUGCAUUUGAUUUCAUGAAUCACAGUAGUGGAAAUGUUCAGGUGAUGUAACUGGUUACUUGCUUGGGGAAUUUGUCAAAGAAAGCAGAAGCAGCGGGUUGAGAACACGUUAAAGCCGGUUGCACGGGAGGGGACCAGCCAGGCCCAGUACUCACCACGUUGCUGGGGUUCUGUUACUCAUUAACCUGGUUCUGGUGUCUCAGGUGCACUUGUCAGUGUUUGUCAGUAAGGAUCAUUUUGAAGGAAAGAACAGGAAUACAUCCCCUUUGCUUUUGAUUGGGAUGUUGUACAGCUUUGGAAAACAAUACAUCUGCUGGGCUCCUGUCCGUAGCUCAGGGACUCUUCCACACUUUCAGCUGAGAGUUCCAAUACAUUUUCCAGUAGAGGGAUAGAUCUCCUCGUACACUUGUUGCUGUAAAGGAAAUAGGAAGUUGCAUUUUAACUUUACAGGUGAGGAGAGACUCUCAUCCAAGAUCCUCCAGGUUGAAAAGCAGCAUUCUAGCCAGAGGGAAGACAGCAUGUGUUUCUUCAGAGCAGGAAGUGUUUGAGGAGGGUUUAGUGUAACCUUUGCAGCCUGAGAGCAUAUGCACGUUUUCUCAUGGAGACACUUUUGUAUCUGGAUUUUUAAAAACAAACAAAAAAAGGCAGUUUUACGUCUGUAACUCAUUAACUAACCAAAGAAGCACAGCUAUCACAGAGCCCUGGGAGACAGGAGGUGGUGUGCUUGCAGCCUGCCCUAAAAGCAACCUGUAGCAGGCUCACUUUCCAAAAAUCAACUUGUCUUUCUGAACUGCUUUUCUGACUUUCAGACAAGGGAUUUGUUAGUUGAGUUGUGCAUUUAGGAGGCUAACCUAGCCUGAGCAGAGAUUUAUUUAAGUAUUUAUAAAGCCAUAGCUAGGUAUUUAUUUGCAGGAACUCGGAUGAUCUGAUUUAUGUUCUUGCUUUUGUAAAGACUUGCACUCUGGGAGCAUGAGUGUUCACUCAGUACUUGGUGGUUUUAUUUGAGAAUCUCUAGGAGACACGACAAAGGGUCAACUCGGAACUCUCUUCAAAGCAAAAUAAACCAGCACUUCAGUGGUGAGAAGUCUUGAGUCCAAUAAACUAAGAUAAGCUUCUCUGUAAGUGUUGUACUUCUGUGCCACCUGCAAGUGCCCAAUAAUCAUUUUUCCUGAAGAAUUUACAUCAUUUGACAGGUCUGUUCAGCUGCUUUGUUUUCAGCAAACUGUCAGAAACCUUCCCUUUUUGUUUGCUUUGAUAACGAGCAGAUUAACGUCCUAGAUGUGGCUCCUACCAGAUAACACCUUGGGGUUUUGUACUGUAGCUUUUUAGAAACUGGGGUUUUUUCCCCUCAAAGAAAAUGCUCCCAUUUUGUUAGCACCUGCUUGUGUUUCGCUGCUCACACGGAGUUUCAGAAGUAUGGAGUUGUUUUGCGUCCCUAACUUAUUUUUGUGGCUGUAACUCAGAAGACUGUACUGGAUUCUGUAGAGUCCUUUUUAAACUGAUCAAUGAAACGUUGUGUUCCUGCUGGUUUUCCUUGUCAGUAACUCGCCUGUGUUAGUGUGUUUCCUCCUCGGCAGUGUG